AUGUUUAGUCCACGAGAACUACGUGAUCUUGCCAUCGCGAUGAACGGGCUCAAAAAUCGAGAAAUCGACAAUAUAACUGCUUGGGACUUACACACCCUUGUUCACUAUCCGGAUAGUGCUCCUGGAGCUCAUUGGGGACCCGCCUUUCUUCCGUGGCAUCGUGAAUUUCUCAGGCAAUUUGAAAUUGCACUGCAGACAGAAGUUCCAACGGUUACCUUACCUUUUUGGGAUUCGACUUUGGAUCAAGGUAAGAUUUAAUAUGUUUCUAGGUUCUUAAUUUUUUAAAUUAAGGUCUACCGGAAGAAUCGGACAGUGUUUUAUGGAGUGAUGAAUUAUUAGGAAAUGGUAACGGUUACGUGAAAACUGGCCCGUUCGCUGAUUGGAAUACAAAUGUAUUUAUGCCUUUGAGUCAGAUCCCAGUCAAAAAAUUAUAUCGAUCCACCGGGGGACGAUCACAAGAUCGAUUGAUGACACCACGAGAUGUUAGCUGGGUUGUGAAUCGCAAGAAUUUCAGUCAACUCACGUUUUGUCACGAUAAAACAUUUGAAAGUAUGCAUGGCUUGAGUCACGUUUGGGUUGGUGGAUUUAUGUAUGUUAUCAGAGUUAGCCCAAAUGAUCCAACAUUUUAUAUGCAUCACGCGUUUGUUGAUAAUCUUUGGGAACAAUUUCGACAAAAUAGUCAGACUCGAGAAGAACGGGAAACCCAAUGGGCAACUAAAUCCUGUAAUGAUAAUCAUGGUUUUGAUAUGCAAAUGAAACCAUUCACAAUACAAAAUCGAGAUGGUUUGAGUAAUCAAUAUACUGAUGAAUGGUAUGAAUAUCAGACUGUUAAGCAUUGUUCUAUGACUGAUCAAACAUGUGAUUCACCCUAUUAUUGGUGCGAUAAUAAACUUUGGAGGUGUCGAAGUAAAAUUGUUUAUGGAGGAAAUUGUACAGGAUAUGAGGGAACACAAAUUUGCUAUAACUCGGUUUGUAGUCAAGGAAAAUGUAUUGUUCCGCCAAGAGUCAAGAAUUCUAUGAAAUCCAGACUUGAAGAUGAAAAUAUCGCGUGGAAAGAUAGUAUUUGGGCGAAAACUGUUCUGGUGGAUGAAAAUGGAAAUGGUAUAGAUGACGAAUUGGCUAGAGUUACCAUAACUGAUUUGAAUAAAAAUUCGAGUACUAUGGUUUUUAACCUCGGGGAAAGUGUAUAUCCAGAGAUACCGGGAACGGUUUAUUUGAGCUUGCCGAAACCGAGAAAUGGGCAAGAUUCGAGGGUGAAGUUGGAAGCCAGAGAUCAAUUUGGGAGAUAUUGUCAAGCACAAUGUUUGAAUUCAACUAAUGAUAGAUAUGAGGUAAUAUUGAAUUAAAGGGGGGUAAGACGACAAAAAAUGUCGUCGCAAAGUUAAAGGCUCCCCAAAGGUUCCAGAAAAAAAUUUUCCAUGAACUAGGUACCACGUAUAGGUGGUAUACGUUGAAAAAAUUCAUGGAAUAUUUUUCGGACCUUUUUAGGCCUUUCGGAGAAAAAUCCCCUGGGGCUUUCACUAUUCAAAGGGGACCCGAUCUUUUGAGCUAAUAAAAUUUUGUCGUCUUAUCCCCCCUCCUUUAAUGUUAGAUUUUUGAUAAUAAGAAUAAAUACGUAUUUCUAGGUUUGCCAACCAGUAUUGAAUAUUUCAAUGAAAAUCGAAAAUUCCUCUCCACUCUCAUACACGCAUUCAAUGUCAUCUCGAACAUUUUUGGAUAUCGAUUUAUCGGUUCAUCCUCGCCUCAUUCGCCCAUCAUUGCCUUUUAUGGUUUUUGCGUGUGCUCGAAAACUGGUGACGUCAGCUAUGAUUUUAGCACUACCCGAGACUAUUCGACAACCUGUUUCUCAUGAGAAUUAUGUGUUUUUUAGAGUUUCGGUUUUUCGACCGAUGGGUGCGAAUUAUCAGGUGAGGGGGAGGGGCUUUGAAAGUAUUUAUUUCGAGUUCUGAAAAUUUUGAAAAAAAUUUUUAGAACUUAUGGGAGAUUCAAGUCGAAAAAAAAAUAAUUUUUUUUGAAAAAUUAAAAAAAUUUUUUUUUUGGAAAUAUGUUUUUUAUUUUUUUUUCGACUUGAAUCACCUCAUUGAAAAUUCAUAAAAAUAUUUUUGGAACAGCUUCAGGGAUCAACUUAAACACAAAACUCGAGAGAAAUACCUGGGACCAAGCGCGGGAAACAUAUUUUUCAAGAUUUUUUCCGAAUAAAAAAUUUUCCCCGCGCUUGAUAUCAAUUUCUACGUUUUGGAUUUCUCUGGAAGGUUUUUAUCGUUUUACAUUUAAAAUACCGUGUUUUAUAUGCCCAAGUCUCUUCCAAAGCCCUUUUUUCAGAUAGAAGUAUCUCCACACUCUGACAUUGGUCCAGUCUGGUCUUCAUCAAUUCAAAAAGCCGCCUCAAGCUUCGACCCAAAUAUAGUUUUUGUCCAAGCUCCCAAUCCCGAGCUAAAUCAUGGUGGUGUUCGAGUCAGAGUCUCGAUUUUGAAUGAAAAUCAGAGAAUUUCUUGUGAAGUUAAGUGUACGAAGGUGAGACUAAAAAUUUUAAAAUUAAUAUUAAGAAAAAAAAUUAUUUUUCAGAAAGAUGGUUCAAUGCACGAAUGCGACGGUGAUGUUGAUCUACAUUCUGAUCCGAAUCUCUCGGAAGAAGAUGUUUUCACAUCCGAUCCGAUUAGUUUACCAGUUCUUGGUUGGAAUAUGAAAGGACAUCCGACAACUUGGCGACAUAAGGUACCCUAUUUGUCAUUUCAUUGUUUUUGA